AUGGCGGUUAAUUCCAUCAAAAUCGCCACGGCCAACUCCGGGGGGGUCACCCGGAAGAAGGCCGCAAUAGAAAAUUUCCUUUUCCGGGAUAAUAUUGAAAUUCUGGGUAUCACCGAAGUUAAGGCCAAAUCCUUUCCAAAAUUCAGAGGCUUCAAUGCCAUCCACAGGAGAUACCCAGCUCAACAGGGUCAACGCGAAACUCGAGGAGUAGCCAUUCUAAUCAAAAAAGGUUUUGCCUUCAGCGAACACCAACUCCCCAACAACUUACAACACUUGGAUUGCAUCGCGGUCGACACUUACAUUGACUCCAACAUCAUUACAUUCUUUACCUACUACAAUUCCCCAAGACAGUGUCUAAGCAACGAAUUAAUGCAGUACGCCGCAUCUCUCCCCAAAGCCAUCAUCUUAGGCGAUUUUAAUGCUAGACAUACUGAUUUUGGCGACACUUUAACCAAUCGAAACGGCCACAUUCUCAUCGAUGCAAUCAGUAAUUUGCCCCUGUACAGAAUUCCCAACUCUUCCCCGACCCACAUCAAUCAUUGGGAAGGAUACUCUAUCGUAGAUCACAUCCUCGUCACAGAUUCCUUGUCCAACCGUGCUAGCGACUCUGCUAACAUCGGAACAACAAUUACGUCAGACCACCUUCCACUAGUAUUUGAUCUAUCUGUAUCCAAGCCAAGAACCCCAACUCCAGAGUACAUCAUCAUUCGAGAUUCCAAAAACACAGAUUGGGAAAAGUUCCGUAUCAUCCUGGAAAAGGAAAUUGUACCUCUUGACCCAACCACCACCCCCGAGGAGAUCGAGCGCCAGGUCUUCUACAUAUCAGAACUAAUACAAGACGCAUAUCUUCAAUGCACUCCCGAAAAACAAAUUCCAUUGCACAAAACCCCGCUCCCCCCUGAAAUUGUCGACAAAAUUCGGCUGAAACGACAAGUUUACAGAGAAUACAUUAACACCCGCGAUCCGGACAUUAAGACACAAUGGAACCGACUUAAUGCCACAAUUCGACGCGACAUUAAUCGUCAUCGAGAGAAACUUUGGAGAGAAACAUGUUCAGGACUCAACUACCGCGACGGGAAACGCUUUUGGAACAAAUUAAAAAUCUUAACGGGACAAAAAUCGAACCCACGACACUUUUUGAAAGUUAACAAUCAAUUCAUCACAACUGACACGGACAAAGCAAACGCUUACGCAAAACACUUAGAGAAAAUUUUCCAAAUUCCUGAAGAUCCGUUAUUCAAUGACUCUCAUAAAAAACGGGUCGAGACAUUCCACUCGCAGUUCAUUCACCGCACCCAAGCACGCACCUGCUACAUAACACAAGCCGACCGCCACAAGGACACACAAACAGAUGACGUCAGCACCGUACUCGAACCCAUUCAAUUAGAGGAAAUCGCGACAAAAAUACACUUACUAAAAAACAACAAAGCACCCGGAAAUGAUAACAUUAAAAACAUUACACUCAAACACCUUCCACACUCUGUCUUGCAGGCAAUUGUUCAAAUUUUCAACAAUUGUCUUUCUACGUCUUACUUUCCUUGUCUCUGGAAAUCUGGAAUCGCAAUUAUGAUCCAAAAACCCGGAAAACCCCCAGACGACCCAAACUCUUAUAGGCCGGUCACACUUCUGAGUGGAAUUGGAAAACUUUUUGAGAGAAUAAUCACCGAAAGACUUCGUAAUUUCUGCGAAGGCAACUCGCUCUUCCCCCCCACGCAGUUUGGAUUCCGUGCACAAAGGUCAACGUGCGACCCACUUACGGCGCUGCAAACAGAUGUUGCGCGGCACUUGAACCUAGGUCAGUGUGUCUUGGGAGUCUUUCUCGACAUCGAAAAAGCUUUCGAUAAAGUUUGGCACGCUGGAUUGAUUUACAAAUUAAAACAAUUACACUUUAGCGACCAAUUAACACAACUAAUACACUCGUUUUUAUCGCACAGAACACUAAAAGUUCGAGAAGGAAAUGAACUAUCUAACCCAAUCAGUAUAAACGCCGGGGUUCCCCAAGGUUCUGUUCUGUCCCCUCUUCUCUACCUAAUCUACUGUCAUGAUAUACCAAUCAAGUCUCAAAUUGCUACAAAAACCAUUCUCUUUGCUGAUGACACGGCCCUGUGGACAGGACAGAAAACAUCUUUCAAGGCCACUCAAGUCCUUCAAGAGUGCCUGGAUGAAUUCCAAAAGUGGGCUUCCAAAUGGAGGAUAAAACCUAACCCAACCAAGUCUUCGGCCAUUCUCUUCCGAAACGGACACCAAUGCCAGUCGUGGAAAUUUCAAACCCGGAACAUCCACCUUUCUCUUUGGAAUAUCCAAAUUCCCCUAAGCAACGAGGUCCGAUAUCUAGGUAUCUCAUUCCAUAAAUAUGGAAACUUUUCUUCUGACUUGAAUGCUACCCUUCGAACGGUGAGGCAAAGAGCGGGAAUUAUUUCUAGGUUACGGGGAGGGUUGCAAGGCUGUUCUUCCGAAACCUUGCACCACACAUAUAAAACAUUCAUACGGCCGGUCAUCGAAUUCCGUGCUGUACUCUAUGUGUCCCUCAACUCUCCUGAAAUCGAAAGACUCAUCUCUUGCGAAAGGAAGAUCUUGCGUAAAAUCUUCGACUUAUAUUUCAAAUUCCCGUCCGAACGACUGUACGAACACAUUGGCGCACACUCGAUCAAUGAGCGUUUAAAAAAGCUCCAGUCGUCUUACGUACUUCGUACGCUCCGGUCCCAAAAUGAAAUAGCAAAGCAAACGCUCCGUACAUCUUGGACUGACCCCCACAAUAAAAAUCUCUCCACUUCUCAAACCUUUCCAAGCAAACCCAAAAUGAAAAAAGUCCACCUUCCGAGCGCUUUGCUAGAAAUAACAGCCCGUGAAAACGAGCUGUCGGCCAGUCUGGAAAACAUCAUCGAAGAAACACCACUUUCCAUUAGAGUCAAAUAA